AGGCACAUCUGAAAGACAUGGGGACUGUUUCCAUUCAGCAUGUUCACAACGACUAUCCAUUUAUGAGAACGUGUGCAUCAGCCCGGAAAAGCUUUGCCAUGAUCGAGAUCUAUGACUUCCCUGCUUUUUUCAAAACGGAUGACCUCCUGGAUGCUUUCGCAGAAUACAGUGAUGGUGGGAUGAAGAUCGAGUGGGUGGACGACACACACGCCCUGGGGGUCUUCUCCAGUGAGACAGCAGCACUCCAUGCUCUCUCCAUCUGCCAUCCGACGAUGAAGACGAGAGCACUAACUGAUGCGAGUCAAAAAUCCAAAGGCAAGGCCACCAGGCGGGCAGGAUCCUUUCUUCUGUCCACCCUGGCGUUUCCGUGUUUCGAUGGCCUUUAUCUCCCUAAGCAAGAAAAUCAAUUCCUGCAUUAUGUCAAGGAGGAGCUGGAAACAUACGUACAGAAGAGCAACCACAAGAGUAUGCUCCUGUUCCCCCCUCUGCCCAGCAGACUGCGGUACCUGAUCCACCGGACCGUAGAGGACCUGCCAGAACUCUCCACCUUCUCAGUCGGGGACAGCUGGUGCCGUCGGGUGGUGGUCUGCCAUCUGGAGCUCAGGGCUGAGGUUGAAGAAGACCAGGACUUGGAAGGCAACAACAGCUUUUGUGAAGAGCCCCUAAGAAGCAGGGAGGAAUUGGAUGGCAACGCCAAGCCUAAAUCUUCAGUCCCAUCUCGAAGCAGAGGACCUAAGAGACCGGACAAACCCCUCUACAUGCCACGAGCUGCUCGGGAGAGGCUCUCUCUACGAAACUCACCAGGACCCUCGGGAGAGCAAGGGUCCCCGGGGCCAGUCUCAAGUAGCUGUAGCUGCAUCAGCAGUUCUUCUGACUCUUGUUUCUGUCCUGAAAAUACAGAAAAAUCAGCUUCAUCCCGACAGGAAUGUCUCCCGUGUGUAGCAGCUAUUAACCACAGUGCUGACUGUUCAGCACAUUGUCCUCAGGAAGAGGAGCAACCGUUGGUGUUGACCCUUCAUGAAGCUGAGGCUGAAGACUGGGAACAGACCGUGUCCUGCUUCAGGAACAUCACUCUGGAGGAGGAUGAGAAGGGCAGUGAAGACAUAUGCACCGACCCAGAUGACCCGACUGAAGAGAUCAAGGCACAUCUGAAAGACAUGGUGACUGUUUCCAUUCAGCAUGUUCACAACGACUACUCCAUUUAUGAGAACGUGUGCAUCAGCCCGGAAAAGCUUUGCCAUGUGAUCGAGAUCUAUGACUUUCCUGCUUUUUUCAAAACGGAUGACCUCCUGGAUGCUUUCGCAGAAUACAGUGAUGGUGGGAUAAAGAUCGAGUGGGUGGACGACACACACGCCCUGGGGGUCUUCUCCAGUGAGACAGCAGCACUCCAUGCUCUCUCCAUCUGCCAUCCGACGCUGAAGACGAGAGCACUGACUGAAGCGAGUAAAAAAUCCAAAGGCAAGGCCACCAGGAGGGCAGAGUUUAUCCAGCCAGUGAAGGAGCGUCCCCGGACAGACUGUGCUGUUGCCAGGCGGAUGGUGACCAGAGCGCUGGGGCUGCAGGCACGGGGCAGAGCGAAGCGAUAUUGAAGGGAAUCACAAAUGCUUUGGGCUAAUAAAGGUCCAACAGAGGUCUGCCUCCACUCAUCGGCCGUAGAGACCCCACUGGGGCCACAAACAGCUGACUGAUCUUGAUACAACUGUCCAGAAGUGUUUGCCUGCUUCACUGAUCAGAGAAGCAUGUUUGCAUGGUGCAGAGAGGGGGCGCCACACAUCUGCAACAUCCAUCCUGCUGAAGUGUUCAUGAGCAAAUGCUGAAGCCUCACAGUCCCUAUUCUGUAGCUGAACCUGAACCCUUUGGACAUAAGUAUUCAGAUUCCUGUUGUGACAUGAGUGGAUGAUCAAUGAUGACAGGGAAUUCAUAUGGAAAAGGCCCUGGAGAAAACUGCAGCUCUCGGCUUGUUUUGAUUUGAUUGCAUGUGUUCUUGGAACUAAGCUUUAGGAGUGUUUUUUUUUCCAGGCAGGGAUUUUUUUGUUCUCCCAGGUUAUGCAGGGUUGGUUGUAUAAUUCUUUACAAGUAGUCAUUAUUUUCUAACCUAAUGUUGAGUUCCUCGACAGAUUAAUACUCAGGAUUUGGUUAAAGAAAUGUAAAUUGUGAGCUGUACAACACAGCCAGAUGUUUAUAUUGACUGCACAUUUCCACCUGACAGAUGUAAUGUAGAUCUGAAAAUAACAGCCUCAAUGGCCACUGUUCCAGUUGAGAGAUGCAGCCAUUAAGAAAAACAUGUAGCAGCAAUGUUAUGCUGAACUAUAUACAUAUUUACCAAUGUUUACGUUCAUUUAAAACACGUAUUUUAAUUUGUUUCUACAAGUUCCAUCGAGAUGUUCUGUUGUUUUAUUUGUUCUUAUAAAUAACAUGAAACUACCUUUCAGGAUUGUUGCCUCAGAGGCCAAGUGUUCAAGUUCUGUCUCACGCCACUUUACAGAAAGGGAAGAUUUUUGAUCAACUAAAGUUGAGCUUUGGAAACUCGGACUGUACGGUCCUUUGAACCUGUUACUGUCGUUUUGAAUGUUGCCUCGGUAAGUGGCAUUAACAUGCCAUAAAACCAAUUGUAUAAGUUUGUAUUUAGUAAAAGAAAGAUGUUCAGUAUUUUAUUUUGUUGUCGUACUGAAAUAAAUGUUCACAACAUU